AUGACCCCCACCACCGUGGUCCUGGUGUGUCUGCUGCUCGCUGGGAUGUGGACCAGAGAUGGGGACAGCAAGAGCAUUCACCUGUCGUCUUCCAACUGCUGCUUCCACUUUGUGAACAGGGCGAUCCCCUGGAGGAGCAUCCAGUGCUACAGAAAGACCAGCUCCACCUGUGCCUACAAGAACGCCCUCAUAUUGAAGCUGAAGAGGGGCCAAGAAAACUGUGUCCUGAAGACGGCUAGAUGGGUCCAGCACCAUUUAAAUAGGACGAAACCCUGCCUGCCCAAGGGGGAAUGA